CUUCUUAGAUUUGCACGCAUCGUUGGACGAACUCUCGAAGGCGUUAUAUUCAAGGCGUGAGUGAUAAAUCCUGUCGUGAUAGCUGCGUAAUGUGAAACUACGACCCCCUCAGUGUGAAACGCGCUCAAUCAUGGCCUUCUCUAUACUUCAUAACCUCCUAUCGAAAGGGGGCGAUGGCUGCAAUGGACGGCACACGGACCGCGACAUGUGCAUCGAAGGAUGAGAAGCCGAGUGUUGAUGACUUGGUUGAUGACGGACAUUAUACGAAUGAAGUUACGGCAGACGUAAAGCCGACUGUUGAUCACGGACAUUAUGCGAAUGAAGUUACGACGGACGUAAAGCCGACUGUUGAUCACGGACAUUAUGCGAAUGAAGUUACGACGGACGUGAAGCCGAGUGUUGAUCACGCAUACUCGAAGGAAGUUACGGCGGACGUAACGCCGACUUUUGAUCACGGACGUUAUGCGAAUGAAGUUACGGCACUGUCGGACGAGAAGUCGAAUGUCAGUGACGUACAUUAUGCGAAGGAAUUUACAUCGGACGUGGAGCCGCAUGUUGAUCAUGGAUAUUGUGCGAAUGAAGUUGCGGCGUCGCAGGACGUGAAGCCGAGUGUUGAUGAUGGACAUCAUGCGAAUGCAGUUACUUUCUGCGAAGGUUCCUUGUCUAUGACAUCCCUGGAGCAGUAUCAUUCACUCGUGUCUGUUCAAGACGGACUGCAUUCCUGCCAGCAGUGCGCCUAUGUGACCAACAUCAAGGGAAACAUGAAAGUACACCUUCGCAGACACAUGGGUGAACACCCCUUUCGGUGUCACCUGUGUCCGGCUACAUUUGCUGUGAGCAGCCGUCUCACAGAGCACAUUCGCACCCAUACAGGGGAGCGUCCUUAUUCCUGCAUCCACUGCAAUGCAUCCUUUUCACUGAGAAACACUCUGACGGAACACUUGCGCACCCACACUGGAGAGCGUCCCUUUUCCUGUGUUCACUGCAGUGCAUCCUUUUCAAAGAAAUGCAGCCUCAUGCGGCACAUGCGCACCCACAUGACCAACCGCACAAUAGAGCGUCCCUUUUUCUGUGGCCACUGCAAUGCAUCCUUUACAUCCAGAAGCAACGUCAAGCAACAUAUGCGCACCCACACAGGAGAGCGUCCUUUCUCCUGUCUCUACUGCGAAGCAUCGUUUUCACUGAAGCGCAACCUCAGAGACCACAUACGCACCCACACAGGAGAGCGUCCCUUUUCCUGUGACCACUGUGAUGCAGCCUUUGUGCACAGACGCACCCUCGUGGAGCAUAUGCGCACCCACACAGGCGAGCGUCCCUUUUCCUGUGAACAGUGCGAUACAUCUUUUGCACGUAGAAGCAACCUCAUGCAGCACAUGCGCAUCCACACAGGAGAGCGCCCUUACUCCUGUGUUCACUGCGAUGCAUCCUUUACGCUGAAAUCCAACCUCAAGGACCACAUACGUACCCACACAGGAGAGCGUCCAUAUUCCUGCAUCCACUGCUAUGCAUCCUUUUCACAGAAAAGCACCCUCAGUCGCCACAUCUCAAGUCGUCAUCCAAACGAAGCAGAGAAGGGCAGGGGUGCCGGUGCUUUUUGUGUGGAUGUUAAUUGAUUGAUUUAUUUUGCUGAAAGGUGACUUUUAAGGUGCCUCAAAAAGUUUUCAGAUUUCUCGGCUGUUGAGUUUAGAGCGAAGUCUGUCAUUUCCUCAUGAGAAUUUCAUAGGUGCCUUCAGGUGAAAUUGCAGAUAUGCCAGGGAGUCGAAGGUUUGGCUUGCCUUGAAUGUGGAUUACGUAGUCUCGCACUGCAGUGCUGAGCACAGGAAAUAGUUCACCCAUGCAUGUUAGUAUGAUCGACGUAACAUGAAUCUCCUUUAUUCGAUGCUGCAAUAAUAAGUGGGCCCCUUUCACAGGCGAGGUUCUUGCAGUGAUGAGAAGUAUAAGUGUAACGAAAAAGGCAACUACACAUUUGAUCGGCAAAAUUUUUUCUGUAAGCCUUAUCAUUACUUCAAUCCAAGAAAUAAAAUUAGGAAGUCUGGAUUUGCCUGUGCACAGCUGAUUAAGUAGAUGAAUCAUGAAACAUGAGUAAAAAUGACGAUAACGCAAUAAUGACAGAUUGAAGUGUCCUUGAUUAUGUUUUGUUAUAUCAUUAGCUUUGCAGUGAUGAGUUUGUUUUCUGAGUGAUUUUUGGAUGCCUAAAUUAUGGUUUACAGAAAAAGUAAGCGUGCUAAUGUAACACUGGAGUAGCCAAGGGGGGAUGGGGGGUUCAUACCCUGCCGAAAUUUCUCGAUUUUGCAUGUGUUAUAUAUGAACGUGCACAUACAGACGCACACAUGAACAUGGAUAAAGCAUGGUUGAACCCCCGCU